AUGCCAGGCGAGGAAACGAUAGAGCCUUCUUUGAACGGGCCGCUCGUCACUGAAGAACAAGCAAGGGGUGCAAGUAGGGCUAAAGUCGUAGAAACAGCUGAAGAAGAUGGGAAAGCAAAUAGCCAAGUCUGGGAUGACACAAGGGAAGAAAGCCAUGCGGUGCCAAAUAGUGGUACAGUAGAGUCAGUCGGCUGGGUGCAAUCGGAUGUAAGGGAGAGUGCAACUGCCGAUGCAGGUGUAGACUGGUUCUCAGGUCAGUCUGUGCAGCCCGAAACUAGCGACCCCACGCAGUCGGAGGUAAGCGCAUCGGAUGAAUUGUUUGGGAGUAACACGGACAGCAAUCUGCAUCGUGAGGAGCAAGUCUCGCUUCCGGUUCCAGAAUCAGCACAGUUUCACGCAGAGGAGUGGAAUGCAGUCGGUCAGCAAACAAGCAAAGACUCUACUAUUUCUGAUCGCACUGUAGGUGGAAAUCCAAGCAGCGCCACAUCUGCAUUCCGAACGAACGAAACGAAAGACGAAAGCCGUCUACAUGCUGAACAUGCAAACUCCGGGGUGCCGGGGGCGGUUGGUGCAAGCGGGGCAAAUUUGCCCUCGGGUGCGCCUGGGUCGGCAGAGCAGAUCGAGGAAAGUGCAGCAAACAUGAUUGCGAGUACUUUCGGGGUACCCGCGCCUGCGAGGCCAUUGGCACAGCCACUACUGCACAGUGAUGAUGCAUUGACGCCUGUUGUUCAUGCGCAAGACGAGAAUGUUGCGAUCAUAGUCGGUUUGCGCGCCGAAGUCGAAAGCCUUCGAAUUGAAAGAGACGCUGCAAUAACGUCCCAGAUCUCUAGUGAUCAGAGCAUUGGGAACCUUGAGCGAUCAAUGCUUGAGCUGAGGAAGGAUUUGGAGAGAAAAUCCAAAAACUUUGAAGCGUUGCAGUCAGAGCUAGAUGGACUUCUCAGUCAAAGAGAUCAACUGGCGCAAGAAAAGAUCGAGGCUGAGAAGGAACGUGAUUCUGCUGUACAUCAGGGCGGAGAGGGGAUUCGUGAAGCGCGUGGAGUAAUUGAGGCAAUGCGAAGUACUCAAGGUAUUGCGGAGAGACGUGAGGCAGUGAUAUCUGAACAGAUAGAAGCUCUUCGAAGUGACCUGGAUCGUAUCUCAGAGGAAAGAAAUUCUUUCCUGGAGGAGUCGAAUGGGUUAAAGAACAGGUUGCAAGAGGCGGAAUCUGAUGCAAGAAUAAGAGAGGAGGAGCUCAUGCAGCAGAUUCGAUUCAUCGAAAAUGAAAAUGAAAUAGCAAAACUGGAGCGAGAAAAGGCCAUGACCGCGAGCAAAUUUCACAUACAGGAGCACAAGGACCUCCUAGAAGUUGAACAGUCCACAUGUCUUUCACUGACGGCUCGGGAAUCAAGAAUACGAGAACUGGAAGAUGCAAUUGAGGAUUUGCACCGAGAACGGGAUGAGGAGCUCAUCAGGAUCGAAGCCUUUUCGUCUCAGAUGAAGGAUAUGAAGGAAAGGACGAAAAAUGUCAUCCAGGAGCGAAACGACCUUUACGACGAGAAGCUUGACCUUGAAAGAAAAGUAGAAAGUCUUGCUGCGAGCGGGGAGCAAACGCAGAGAGAACUCAUGGAUACGAAUAGAGAAAAGUCCUCAAUACUGAGUGAGCGUGAUGAAGCCAGGCAAAGGUACGGUGCUUUGCGGGAUCAGUUGAAAGAUAUGACUAAUCAACUGGAAUCACUGUCUUUAGAGAGGAACGAAUUGCUGCAGGAACGCACCUCGUUAGUGACGGGAUCCUCAACAAUUUCGGAGAAAGAAAAGACACUCGCAGAAGAAAGUCAGCGGAAAACCUCUCAGAUUGCGUUGUUGCAGCGUAAGGUGACAGCUGCGGGAGCGAAAAUUGAAAAGCUCACCCUUCAGAGAGCAGUUUUCCAGCGGCAACGUGAUGAGGCUGGUGCGAGAUUACGAGCGGCGGGCUCAGAAUUUGCUACGCUGCACAGCAAGUUGCAAUCAGCAACAGAGGGUCGCGAUACAUUGCAGAAGACCGUAGUCUCCCUUCGAGACGAAAAAGAUGCCUCUCUAGCUCGCGUUCAAGAACUCUCCGAGGUUGCCGCACAAAAACUGGUUGUGGAAGAAAAUUUAGCUGCAACCUCAAAACAGCUUGAAAGCCUGCAACAAGACUUGGCCAGUACACGAGAAGAACUCGGUAAAGUGAAGGAGAGCCGAUUCGACUUGCAGCAAAGGUGUUCAACUAUUACCACAGAUAUGGAGCGAACGCAAGCGCAACUUGAAAUUGCGGCCCGCGAACGAGAUCAGCUACAGUCUCAACUAGGUACCGUGAAGGCAGACAAGAAAUUACUGCAGCAGACAGUUAAAGAACACCAGAAUGCCAUCGCCGAAGCUGAAACGAAACAAAAAUCAGUUGAGGCUGAACUGUUGACGAACAGAGAAAAAGCAGCUUUAGAUGUUGGAAUUGCCAAAGCAGAACUGGCUGGUGAGCAAAAGGCUAGAAUGGAGCAUGUUGCUCAACUUAAAGAAAUUCAAGAUAUUAUGAAGGAGGAAUCUGUUACCAAGGGAAGAAUGAGGGAAUCCGCCAUUUCAUCCCUUCGCUCUGGUAGGCAUGAAUUGGAAAACGGGAGCGUGGUGCCCAGUAUUGCAUCCUUCUUACCCAUUAUUGAUUCUAUCAUCAAGUCGACUGAUGGGAAGGAGGAUGUCUCGGUACUAACUAGGUCAACAGGUGAAGUCUUUGUGAAGCUUUGUACUGAAGCGUGCAAGGUCGCCAACAGUCUAGCAACUCUGAAGGUGACGGCCGCAGAGGCUGUCCAAAAACUGGAAGUAGCAGAAGCAGCUAAAUCUGAGAUGACUGCCAGGGAAGCAGAGCUUCAUCAAGCGCAGGUUAUGUCGGAGCAGAAGUCAAAAGACUUUCAGGUCCUACAAGAGGAAAAGCAGUCCCUGGAUACCCGGUGUGAGGCUCUCCAAGAAAGGCUUGAGCAGUCGGAAGCCAACGUAUUGGCUCUACAUGCUGAGACGCGUGAUAUCACAAAGAAGAUGGAGACUGAAAUUGAACGAGAGGCUCAUGCGUCAGCAGAAGAACGGGCUCACCUCACAGGAGAAAUCGCGAAGAUCACCUCGAACCUUAACUCCAUAUGGGUUAUGCUGCAGAAAGCACUCACUAAUCACCAAAUCAAUAUCUACAGAGAUGACAUCAACGAUUCUGACGAAACAUCGGAAACGAACAACGUGGCUAUGCUGACUUUGCGAGCGACAGCUUCAGUUGUUGCAGAACUAGAGCGGAACCGAACCCAAGCAGAGGACAUAGCCCAGCGACUAGCAACAGCUGAGGCAGAGAUCACUCGAUUAGUUGAUCGAGCUGAAAUUGCAGAACAGGAACGAGACGUGUAUAGAGGAACGAACGAGCGUCUUGAAAAGAAGUCUACUCUUGCGUUUGCGGAAGGUGAAGAGAAGGCGAAAUCCCAGCUUGAACAGAGCAUUGUCCAUAUUGAAGACGAGCUCGAAGAUACGAAAGAGCAACUCAGAAGAGUAACUGAGAAGGCAGCGAGGUCGGAAAAGGAAGCCGGGGAGCUACGAGCACUCUGUAGUAAGCUUACUGCACAGUUCAACGGUCGUACUAACGAGCUUGAUGAAGCGGAAGAGAAAGUUGUUUAUCUCCAAGACCAGGUGACAAACCUAGAGGAGGACCUUGACGAAUCACAUCGAAGGUUGAAAGUUCUCCAAGAAGAAGCAACUCAAGCAAGAAAGAAUGAUGUGGACCGUUUAAGUUCUGCACUACGAGAGACAAUAAAGCAGGUUGAGUCUCUGGAAAACGAAUGUGCAAGACUAAGAGAGGCAUGUGAUGUAGCUGAAAAUAGCGCAAGAGAGAGUGAAUUCUUGGCUGAAACCCAUCAGAAAGCGGAGGAAAAUUUGCAAAUAGCUAUUGAGCAGUUGGAAGCGGCAGAAGACUCUGCUGUCGAACAAAGAACAAUUGAAUUGCAAAAGAGGGUUGAGGAUGCCGAAGAGCGAUGUGCCAAAGCGCUUGAAAAGGAGGCUAAAGCGACGAUGAGUCAGGACAAGCUUACAAUUCGAGAUGAAGAAAUCAAGGAAUUAAGAGGGGCGAUUGGUCGACUUGCAGACGAGCGGGUAGAGCUGAAACUUGAACUCGAGAAGAGUUUGUCGCGAUUGAACCACCCAGAUGCCGGAGGUCAACUCGUCGACAGAAGAGUUGUGAGGCAGCUGUUGAUAAGUUAUUUCCGAGUAGGCUCGAUUCGAAGAAGAGAUGUACUGGAGUUAAUGUCUCGUAUGUUAGCUUUCUCAGACGCAGACAACGUUGCGGUCGGCCUCAAGCGUCGAGCUUUGAUGGAUCGUAUCGGGUCUCUGGUGCAACCACCAGAGCUCGACGAUGCAACACUACCGCCUCUCGGGACGGUCAGCGACAAGUGGAUAGAGUUUCUGAUGAAUGAAACUGAGGAAGGGGACGAACAAGCUAAGGCUUGGUAAUUUUCUGUAGAUCAUCCUCGCUAAAUAUUGACUAGACCUUCAGCUACACUCUCAGUUUCAGCUGCGUUUUUGAUUAAGCGCAUAUUGCGUUUGCGUUUCCGAAGAGCAAAGUAUCAAAUAGAAUUGAGCACUGCGUGCACGACGAGCAUGACGACUGCUUCGCCUUUGACUUCCUAUGCAUUGGGUGACUGGCUCCUGUUCACGUCUUAUGAAUACUAGUCAUGGAUUGUUUGCAACUUGAUAACUUCCUUUUCAUGUGUUUAUCCUUCAACUCGGAUCAUUCUUUUGAAUCCGAACGCUUAAUUCGAACGGCGAUGAUGGUCCCUGAGGGAUUGGGACGGACGGGAUUCGCACGGGCGGGGUAAUUUUGCAAUGCUUGAGAAGCAGAUUUGAACCCAGAAUCUCAAUGUUCAUCUUAAGUUAUAGUUAUAAACCAGAGGGAGAACCGAAACUGAGAAGACGUUGCACUCUCUUGUUCUUUCCUUCACCCACUCUCUGAAGGGCCUGGCAGUGCCAACAGAGCUUCGUUUAAUAAAAUUGCUCAUUUUUUUGUCUAUACUAUUAAAAUAAUGUGCUUUUCUA